UACUCUGGAAUAGGAAGAGAAGCUAAGAAGAGAAUGAAGGCUUGGAAACAUCUGGGAGUUGUAGAGACAAUACAUGAAGAAAAAGAAUACGAAUAUUCCUCCUCCACCUCCCCUUCUCUCUCCCCAACUAUCUCUUCUCCUCCCACACCUCUCCAUACUAGAGUACAGGCAUGUUGUGUUAACCAGGUCGCUGGCAUGGGGGCAGAAGACAGACAUCUUGAUAAACGUUCAUGGAAGGUGUUUUCAUCUGCACAAGGAUGCUCUCACAUCAAGAAGCACCUACCUAAAACGGGAAUUCAUGGGAAUUUCAGUGUUCACACUCUCUCCACCGUUAAAAAUAACGGCCGAAACAUUUGCUCUCAUAGCGGACUUCUGCUACGGGACCAACAUCGUCAUAACACCGUUCAACGUCGCGGCUCUUAGAACGGCAGCCGAGUUGCUAGAAAUGACGGAGUCUAACGACGAAGGCGAGGAGAACCUGCUGCAAAUAACGGAGACGUACUUCUAUCGAAUUAUCGCCGUUAAUCGAGAGUACGCGUUAAUAGUGUUUCGCUCGUGCCUUUCUCUACUUCCCGAGGCCGAAACGACAGCGUAUCUUGUGAGUCGGUGUGUUGAGGCAUUGAGUUCGGUGGAGGAUGACGGUAGAGGCCACAAUGUUGCUUGUUUUGACGAUGUUAUACCGAUGUCCCCCGAGGAUUUUCUAAUAGUCACCGACUCCAUGCAUCGUCGAUUAACGAGCCAUGACGUUCUUUAUAGGACCGUUACUCUUUAUUUCAAGGGAUAUAGUGGGAAGCUUACGGAGGAGCAGAAGACCCAUAUAUGCAAUUCCAUUGACUGUAACAAGCUCUCACCUCAACUCCUCUUAGAGGCGGUGCAAAACCCAACAAUGCCAAUAAGAUUCAUGGUCCGAGCCAUGUUGAUGGAGCAGCUUAACACCCGCCGCUCUAUUCUCUCCGCCACUGACCGCACCCAACCACCUCGCAGGCAACGGAUCAUCAACGAGCACCCCACAACCCUUGGCGCGAUCCUUCAGCGUGAAAAGGCGGCUCGCCAGGCGGCGCAUCUCAAGGCCGCGAUGGACGCCACCAGCUCCCGCAUCGAGAGCCUGGAGAAAGAGCUGAGCGUCAUGAAGAAGCUCUUGAACGAGCCCGAUACGCAGAGGAGCAUAAUGGGGUCGGCUCGGUCUUCCAGCUUCCAUUAUGGCGGCGGCUCAGAGAAUAAGAUAGAGAGAGUUGAUAGAGGAUCGGCGAGCUUGCGGUUUUUUGUGAGAGGAGGAAGAGGGUCUUCGUCGUCGUUGGAGGCCUCGAGUACUGAUCUUGCAGAGACUCCAAGAACAAGGAAGAAUAUGAGACAACGGUUGAUAUAUGGAUUAAAAACUGCAUUUCGGGUACCGAAGUUGUCAGCAUCCAAGAACGAGUUUGAGAGUAGAAAGUCAAGCAGGGUGGAUCAAAUGGGAAUCAGAGACGAAGAUGAAUAUGGGGAUGUUAUAUAUUUGUAAACCAUGCAUGCACCCAGAGAAUUUACUUUCACAUUUCUUCGUCUUCUUCUUCUUCUUCUUCUUUCUUCUUUUCUCUUUGGUGGAUGUUUAAUUUGAUACGUGUAUGUAAAAACUUUUAUUAAAUAUUGUUCUUAUUCUUUUACAA